CUUGUUUUCACUGGAGAGAAACGAAAUUGAAGAGAGAGUAGAGAGAGAAAUAUAGGGAAGGAGAGAGUGUCUGUUUGCGUGUGAGAGAGGCCAAUUUGAAACAUAGGGAUUCACUUGGAUGACAAUUUCAGUAUCAUAGAGAGAGAGAGAGAGGGGGGGGGGAGGGAGCGAGAGAGAGAGAGUAGGUUUAUGUAUCUAUCUGUAUAGCUCUAUAUCGGUACGCUGUAAUUGGGGAUUGUGAUUAUAACAAACAGAAGGAGGAGGGGGUUUUGGUUGAAAUUGAAUUCGAUAUCGAGAGAGAAUCUAAGGCGAUAGAAGAAGAUUGAGGAACUGGAGUUUCGUGUGCAAUUAUUGGGGCGGGUGGUCGGCGAAAUGGAGGGAGCGAAUUGUGGAUGAAUUAGGCAAUGCGGCGGAGGUGAUUAAGGAACCGAAAGGCAUGAUAUUACUUUUCAAUUAGGGUUCAGGAUCACACGGGCUAAACAAAAGAUCUGGUAAGCAUCCCAUGAAUCAGAAGGUUUACAUGAGAGUAGAGUCCGGGUUCUGCAACCUGUGUUCUGCUCCUUGUUCAUCUUGUAUGCACCUUAACCCAGCUCGAAUGGGGUCAAAGAGUGAUGGAUCUUCUGAAGAAACCUGCCAUGCGACUGUAACCAGUCAGAUCUCUGUCAGUGCAGGUGAUAUACUUUCUUCUAAGAGUAGAGCAUGUGAAACUUUACAGCAUGCCACCAGUGAAGGCAGUACGCUGCUCAGUGUCAAUUCAAGUCAUGAUUCAUUGUCUGAAAAUGCAGAGAGCAAAGUGAUUAUCAGGUUAUCAGACGUAUCUGAUGCUUCCAAUGGCACUGAGGUGCUCCCCAAUUCAUCCUUAUGUGGAACAGGAGCUGAUGGUCGACCUUCUUCAAAAGCACCACCUGUUUUGGAUGAAAGUACUUCAAAAUUGAAAGAGAAAUUUAGAGAAGUAGAAAACCGUGAUGAUAACACAUCAUUCAUUAGUGGAGUGAAUGAUGCUGAUGUACUGGUCAGUUACUCCAAGGAAAGUUUGGAAAGGAAAAUUGUGUCAUGCGAUACAGCUUAUGUUAGUAAUUUAGAUUCCAAAGGAUCUGGAAAGGCACUUAUUUCCUGCAAUUCAGGCAUGUUAGAGACUUGGUCAGUUGAUGCUUCGGCCCAUGGUGGCAUUCCAAAGGGAAAAGUGCCUGUCGGCCCUGGGGAAUGUAUCAAUUUGUCAUCGUCAAAAGAGGCAGCAACUGGGGCAAAUUCAGUGGUCUCAAAUAAAAACUCUGAAGUGGAAAUGGACAAAGAUAGUAAACAGCCACCUGAGGAAGGUCACAAAAUUUCUGAUAAAGUUGAUCAAGAUGAGAAGAAUAUUAAGUCAGCUGGGCUAUCUGAUGCAAAGGAACAUCCAUUGCAGUCUGUAUCUGCAGAUGAGAGUGAUGAGUCAGAUAUUGUGGAACAUGAUGUAAAAAUAUGUGAUAUAUGUGGGGAUGCAGGUAGGGAAGAUUUGCUUGCUAUAUGUAGCAAGUGCAGUGAUGGUGCCGAACACACUUAUUGCAUGGGAGAGAUGAUUAAGAAAGUUCCAGAAGGUGAUUGGCUUUGUGAAGAAUGCAAGUUUGCUGAGGAAAGUGAAAGCCAGAAGCAAGAUGCUGAGGUUAAAAGAGUAAAUAAAGCUAGUCCAAGUAUACCAAACUCUGGUAAUAAACAUGCAGAAAAUAUGGAGGUUGCUUCACCUUCGAGAAGGCAGGCAAUUGAACCAAACACUGUGUCUCCGAAGUCAUCUAGUCCCCCAAACACUGUGUCUCCGAAGUCAUCUAGUCCCCACAGAACAGCUACACUUCCUCAGGAUAGUUCUUUCAACUUAGAUAAGGGGAAAGCAAAGCCAACUCAAAAGUCAUUUGGAAAUCAAUCUGGCAAUGAUAUUUUAGAAACUGUGCGUUCCCCCACCACCAGUAUGCGGCUUCAUCCUCCAAAAGGCACUCUGUUAAAAUCCUAUUCAUUUAGCACCCCAAAUUUCAAACCGAAACUCAAGCAGGUAGAUGAAGUUUUCUACAGGCAGAAGGAGACUAAAGAACAUGCGGCUUCUGAUAUAAAGGAUGGCCAUACAAGAACAAUAGGCAAAUCUGCCUCAUUUAAAUCUGUGAUUCCUGGCCGUUUAAAUGCUCCUGAAUCGAAAGUUAAAAUGCUUUCUUCUCAAUUUUCACUUGCUAAAGAUCUAAAAGGGUUAAGACCAACUAAAGACCGGAAUGCACCAGAAUGGAAAAAAUCUUUAAAACAGGAUCGCCCUCUUGUUACUUCAAGUGCAGUUAGUUCUUCUAUCUCAAGUCCUAAGGCUGAUUCAAAACUGACAUCUGCAAGUAACAACCGAGAUUCAAAAAGUGUUCAAUCUGAUGGAAAGUUGAGUACCCUGACAAAAUCAGCCGGUGGUCUAGCUCGUAAAGCUUUAGAAACUCCAGUUACUUCUGUUGGAGCUUCAGAUGCCAGUGGAAACAGUGGUUCUGGUGGGCAGAAGAUGAACCAAGUCAUCCCUAAGGAUGAAACAGCCUCAAAUGCUUCUUGGACUGCUGACAGACCAUCAAGUAAUUCCUGUGUUCUAGAUGGGUUACCCAGGUCAGGGGAACUGUUGCAGCAGGGUGAGAAAAGUAGGGAGCUACCUGUUAGUCAUUCGAGGCAUCCAGUUACAAUGGCUUCCAGAAAUUUUCCUUGUAGAAAAUGUAAAGAAACUGGCCAUGCUUCCGAAUUUUGUGCUGUCAGUAGUCCACUUUCUUCGGGUGUUGAUUUGUCUGUUUCAAGAAGUUUGAAAGAGGAGAUGAGAAAAGGUCCUAAGUUAAAAGAUGCAGUCGAGUUUGCUAUGCUGAAGAGGCCUAGAAUACAUAAAAAGAAAGGAGAGGUGGAAGAAAUGGAUGGGUUGUCCACUCCAAAGACAUCUGUGAAAUCUGAAAGAGCAUCUGAAGAGCAGCAUUAUGCACAUUGCCCUACAGUGUCUGCGUUUUGUAAAACAUUCUCUAUUCCUGUGCCCGAGUAUAGUUGGCAGGGUACUUUUGAGGUGCAAAAAGGUGGAGGAGUUCUGGACUUGUCUGGUUCUUUGCAAGCGCAUUUAUCAACUUGUGCAUCGCCAAAGGUGCUGGAAGUAGUGAAGAAGUUGCCACUUAAAGUUGCCUUAGAUGAGGUACCUCGCCUGAGCACAUGGCCAACACAAUUUCAAUGCAAUGGUGUCAGUGAGGAUAAUAUUGCUCUUUAUUUCUUUGCCAAGGAUCUUGAGAGUUAUGAGAAAAGUUAUAUGGGUUUGUUGGAUAACAUGAUUAAAAGUGACUUAGCUCUCAAGGGAACUGUUGAUGGGGUUGAACUCCUGAUAUUCCCUUCCAACGUGCUUCCUGAGAACUGCCAGCGUUGGAAUAUGCUAUUUUUUCUUUGGGGAGUUUUCAGGGGUAGGAGAUCAAUUUGUUCAGUUUCCUCAAGUUAUUCAGAUCCUUCAAAGAAAUUAGGUGUUUUUGAUUCUAAUGCGGCGACCACAUUGAAAGAAAUUUCAAAUGCCAUCACAUCAUUUUCUGAGAACAUAUGUUCGGACACGUUUACUGGGAAAAAAAACUCUCCUGCAUGUGAAAGUUCUUGCGAUGCUGUCCAAGAAUAUGAUGCUACUGACAAGACUCAUGUCACUAUGAAUGGUGAUAGUGAUAAAGAAGUUUGUCUUAUGGAGGAUAGAGUUUUGGAUUUGGAAGCUAGCUGCAAACAGGAAGAAGGUGAACUUGAAUCCAAAUCCUCGUCAAAUACUGCAAGUGGCAUGGGGUCUUUAUGCCCCAAAAUGGAACCUAACAAUCCUCUGGAAGAUCAGGGACAACAUAUAAAGCUGAAGAAACCUUCUGUUCUGGAAAUUGGAAUCAAGGGAAGUUCUGACAAGAGUGAGAAGACUCAAUCAAAUGCUUUACUUGUGAAGGAAGACAGCUCAGCUUUUAAGCAGCUCCCUAUUCAGAAUGGAGAAAAAGGUAUUGCUGGACAUAUUGGUAAGGUUGAAGUAGCAGAUAGAAUGCUUAUCGACGGCGAUGGAAUUAAGCUUGAAAAGAACUUGGGAAGAGAUGAUCGGGAUAUCAACAUAGAGACUUGCUCAGCUGGACACUCAACUAUUGAAGGCCUCAAUUCCAAGCACAGGAAACGUCCGCACUUGGAUCUGUCCAAACCGGCCCCUGAAUCGUCUAAUGACACAGAUCAAACGUUGCCAUGGAAUGAGCUGGAUGCCGAUGGGGAAAGUGUUAAUAAAAAGCUGAAGGCGGAUUAUAGUGAAGUUUAUGAAUGUAGCAGGACUAAUGAUGUUUUUGCUUCUCAGAUGCAUGAUGCAUAUUCUGGUUGCUCAAUAGAGGAUAAGAGAUCGGAAGACUCUUGCGAUGAGAAAGUUAUAUUAGAGGACUUAGGCUCUGCUGAGAGGUACUUCUUUCCUGUGGUCACACCUCAUGUAAAGGGUUUUCAGUUGGAAGACAAGCCCUUGCCAUGGAAAAGACCUUCAUCAGAAGAUCAGAAUAGAUCUCACGAUCGUGUCCCAGAUCUCGAGCUUGCGUUAGGGGCUGAUAGAAAACCUCCAAAUAAGGGACUUCUGCCUUUCUUUGUUGGAAUGGGAGACAGAAAUAAUACCCAGAACAGGCCCUUUGAUAAGAUGACCGAUACAGGAGAGGAAGAUGACCCUGCUGCGUCCCUCUCUCUGUCUCUUUCAUUCCCGUUCAAAGACAAUGAACAUGCUGUGAAAUCCGUCACAAAAACCGAGCAGGUGCUGCCAGAAAGGCAUAAUGUGAGUACUUCACUGUUACUCUUUGGAGGCUUGUUAGAUAAAUAGUCCAAUGAUGACAACCACAGUUUGUGUUAUAUAUUCUGGGUAAUGCAGGUGGGAAGAUGAUAAUCUUAUGAAGUCUUUAUGGGGACCUAUUUUCCAUCUGUUUAUAGUCCGCAGAGGACUACUAAUAUUUUCUCUUUUACCGUUUUUUAGAGUCUUGUUGUUUUUGAGUGCAUAGCCGGCUGUUUGUAUAUAAGGUGAACUAAGCCGGAACAGUUUCAAAAUGCCUAUAGAAAUGAACAGUAAGUAUCAACUUUUUAUUAGAGAUGAAAGACAAGAACAGUUUCUUUCUUUUUCAGACCAGAAAUCAUGGGCUGUUAGCCUAUCUCAACUCCAUA